UUUCUUGUUAUCUGCUCUAAAGAAAAAUCCAUAUCUUCAAGAAAGAUUCAAACUGUGUGUGUUUUCUAUUCUGGCUCUCCCAACAAUGAUAGCUUUUAGCUUGCUUAAGUAUUGGAGAGGUGGUGGAGGUGGUAGCAAUGCUUGUGUGUCUGCACGUUCCGCCGCUGGUACUGCCGGUGGAGGAGGUACGACUACGAUCGUGACUACUCAUCAGGUGGUGGAUACGGAUGAUGAAGAAGAUGACAACGGGGCUUUCUUUGACCUGGAGUUUGCGGUUCCUGAUGAGGAUGAAACAGAGGAAAACGCAGACGUCGAGGAAGAAGGUGGUGAUGUUGAAGAUGAAGGAAGUGAAGAUCAAAAUGAUGGCGUUGGUGGAAAAUCUGACGAUGGUUGCUCCGAUGGUGAUCGAGAGUUCAAUUUCACGCUCUCUUCUGGCUCGAGCGGUGACCCUUCUGAUCCGAACCCGACUCUUUCUCCUUCGGAUGAUCUGUUCUUUAAAGGAAGGCUAGUCCCCAUUGAGACAAACUCUUCCUUGGAAUCGAAAUCUUCUCAAAUUCCAGUAUCAUUGUUGAAAUCAGCCACCAAGUUUCGAGUUUUCUUGUUGAGAUUCAAGAAAUCAAAGUUCAACUCAACUGAAAAGACCGAGUCGGGUACUGCUGAUGAACUUGUUUCAGUCCCCACCACGAGCUCACCAAAAAAGCAAGAAGAACCCCAGGAAGAAGACAACAAUAACAACAAGAACAAGCUUUUUACAGUUAAGGUCGAGGAGGUUCCUAUAAUGUCUCUGUUUUCCAGAGACAACAGCCAGUCGCAAAAACAACAGAGCUCCGACGAGACGGUUUCUGACGAAAAGAAAUUCUCCAAAGAUGUAAUACAAAAAUACUUGAAGAAAGUCAAGCCGCUUUAUGUUCGGGUUUCAAGAAGGUACGGCGAGAAGCUGAAGUUUUCAGGGCAGUUGAGCUUGGGUUCUUUGAAACCCGCUACGCCACCUUCUACGGCUGCUCAGAAACCGGUUUCGGGGAAGGAAACGACGGCAGAAAAAGGACAAGCCGAGGCGGAGGUUGGGAAGAACACCAAGCAGGUGAGCAUUCCUGCAGGACUUAGGGUGGUUUGUAAGCAUUUGGGAAAGAGCCGAUCGGCCUCCUCCGCCGUGGCGGCUGUUCCCCCUGCGCCUGCUGUGUCUAAGAGGAGAGACGAAUCUCUGUUGCAGCAACAAGAUGGAAUCCAAGGCGCCAUCCUCCAUUGCAAGAGAUCUUUUAAUGGCUGUCAAGAUUCUUCGGAGUCUUCCAUUCUGCCAAGAUCUGUAAGUGAUCCAUCCCAUGAGAAGUCAAUCAAUUUGUCGAGAAACUCGUUACCAGAUGAAGCUAAAGCAUGAAAAACAAAAAUCUCCACCAUUAAUGAAUCAAUGAAGCAUUGAUUAUUAUCUCUGUAAAUAUUUUUGUUUUACUGUUCACUAGGUCUACUACCCCUACUGUACGUAAAGGCACCUCUUUCUGUAAAGCGAAAGAAGAGAAUCAGAUCUUUGUAUUGCUAAAAAAAACCAAGUAUGAUGAUUAUGAAGGCUCCAUCAUUAUCAGCAAAAAUUUCUUCGAAGUUUAACAUUUUGGGGUUCGGUUUUUGAUAACGUGGGCACUUAUUAAAUUUGCAUCUGGUAUGAUGGGUCCCAGGGUCAAGACUAAAUGGUGUCUUUUGUGGUCAGAGAAGUGGGAAAGUGGAGACCAAAACAGUAAAAAAAUGAGAGAUUUUGCUUUUCUUUUUCUCAUAGGAAGGCGAUGACCAUAAAGGAAAGGGAUGACCAUAAAAGGUGUUGGAACUCGAGAGGUCAUGGAUGUUGCUGAUGCCGAUGCAGUACCACUUUUUAUUUUUCGCUGUGUUGUUUGUUUAGAAU